AUGCGCGCCCGCCGUAGCAAGCGAUAUCGCAAGAUCAUGUCCGCCUACCAGAGGAGCUUCUCCUUCCACGAACCCUACCAAGUCCUGCUGGACUCCCACUUCCUCAAGACAUGCCACUCGUUCCACAUGCCGUUACAGAAAUACCUCGAGAACACGUUACACGGCGAAUGCAGACUUUUUGUGACGAGGUGUACUCUGGCAAAAAUCAUGGCCGACUGGGAGAAAGUGAAAAACAAGGAGGGUAAUGCGAGAGGACCCCCACGGCCAGAUUUCCUCCCUCCCCCGACAGAAGUCCCUUUGCGGCACUGCAAGCACAAGGACGACGAAGGUCAGGAACUAGGCGUUGUGAGCGAGGCCCGGUGUCUACUCGAUUUGCUGGCCGGGCAACCACAUGGCAACGAACAUGCGAAAAAUAAACAACAUUACAUCCUCGCCACUGCGGAUGCCAACGAGAAGGAGUCACGAGCCAAGGAAUUCAUCGAUGUCAAAGACAGGGCGAGGUUGAUCCCGGGCGUGCCGAUCGUGUAUGUGAAACGGAGCGUGAUGAUCCUAGAGGAGAUGAGCGGUGUCAGUGAGCGCACUGUCCGGACGCAGGAGAAGGAGAAGUUCGGUCAGGGAUUGAUCGGGCUGGGGGCGUCUCGAAAGAGGAAGAGAGGAGAAGGAGAAGAGGAGGACAGUGAGGGUGAGGAUGACAAUCUGCUUGCCGAGGAGAAACAAGGCCCCAAGCUCAGAGGGUUGAAGAGGGCGAAAGGGCCGAACCCGUUGAGCGUCAAGAAAAAGAAGGUCAAAGUCCCGCCAUCGAACAAUGCAGGACAUGAUGGAGCGGCUGUGGAGGGAGAGAUGUCGCGGAAAAGGCCAAAGAGAAGGGGGACAAGAGGGCGGCGAGACGCGAGAAACAAAUCCACAUCGGACAGUCAAGGAGAAGGAGAAGUCAGGCGGGCGACUGCCACUGCUUCGGCUGGAAGCAUUACCUCGGAGGCAUAG